CAAAGUUGAAUUCUUCUCAUUUUUUUACUCAACGGUCUGCACUUUCCUUAAUUGCAAAGCAAUCUACCCGCCAUCGAAUUCCACUAAAUUUAAAACCAUAAUUACAGACAGAGCAAGCCAAUCUCUGAGCCGCGCUGUUUACUGAAUUAUCACUGUUCUGAGCUGUGAAUAGAGGGAAGCAUGGCGGAGCACGAAGCCAAAGGAGCUGAAUUUGAGAAGGCCGCAGAAAAGAAAAUGAGAGGAUGGGCGUUUUGGGGUUACAAAUAUGACGAUGCAGCCGACUUAUUUGAGAAGGCUGCCAAUUCAUACAAGCUUGGAAAAUUCUGGGAAAAAGCUGGAUCAGCUUACAUUAAGCGUGCAGAUUGCCAUUUAAAGCUGGAAAGCAAGCAUGAGGCAGCUUCAGCGUAUGUAGAUGCAGCAAGUUGCUACAAAAAGAUCAGUGCUCAAGAUUCUUUGAGAUGCUUAAUUUUGGCUGUUAAUCACUUUAUGGAAAUUGGACGAUUGUCAACAGCUGCAAAACAUAAUAAGGAUAUAGGUGAAAUUUAUGAGAAUGAGCAAGAUUUCGAAAAGGCUAUGGAGUUCUUUGAGCGAGCAGCUGACCUUUAUCAUGGUGAAGAAAUUAACAGCACAGCUAACCAAUGCCGACUUAAGGUUGCACAAUUUGCAUCUCAACUUGAACUAUAUCCAAAGGCUAUAGAAAUAUUUGAGUCGAUAGCAAAAGAAUCUAUCAAUAAUAGCUUGCUGAAGUACAAUGUCAAAGGGUAUCUUGUCAAUGCUGGGCUUUGCCAGAUUUGUAGAGGGGAUACGAUGGCAUUGAACAAUGCAUUGGAGAAAUAUCAGGAACUUGAUCCCACAUUUUCAGGCACACGAGAAUGCAAAUUCUUAGAUGAUUUAGUGCUGUCUAUUGAUGAAGAAGACGUGGAGAAAUUUACUGAUGUGGUCAAGGAGUUUGAUAGUUUGUCUCGACUGGACCAAUGGAAAACAACUCUUUUGUUACGUGCAAAGAAUUCUUUGAAGGCCAAAGAAUUGGAAGAGGAUGACCUUACUUAGAAAGUUUUGAUUGUGUGAUACACCAAUGUGUUCAUUGUAGGCUUUCCUGUAAAUCCAAUACUCAAAAUUGCAUAAGAAGCUACGGUUUUCCCGUAGAUCCAAUAUUCAAGAUUGCAUAGAAGCAAUGUUACAAUUCAUUUAUAGGAUUGAAAUCAGAUUUUUAAUGUUUUGUGGGAUUUGACUUUGCUACAGAAGUAGCCAUUAAUGAUACCUUUUUUCCAUGCAUGUUGUUAAUAAUUUUAAGGCGAAGAGAUCCACUUGUAAUUAUUAAUGCUACCUUUUUUCA